AUGGGCAUUCUUGCGCUUCUGGAUGAGGAGUGCUUCUUCCCCAAAGCGACGGACAAAUCUUUUGUGGAAAAGCUGUUUAAACAGCAGGAAAACAAUGCCAAGUUGUGUAAACCCGAAUUCCGCUCGGUUUCCGACUUUGGUGUCUACCAUUAUGCCGGCCGCGUGGACUAUCAGGCUGCCCAGUGGCUUACCAAAAACAUGGACCCCCUUAACGACAAUGUAGUCUCGUUGCUUCAGGCCUCCAAUGAGCCCCUGGUCCAGGUAGGUAGUACUUGGUGAUAUUGUGGCCCACUACUGCCAACACAGUUGUAUGAUUUUUUUCAGUGGGUCAAACUGGAGUGCAUUCCAAAAAUCGGUUUUCACUCUUUUCUUGCAUGGGGAAUAUGUAAUUUUGUCGCCUUUGUCUUACUCUUACUGAUCAGCGUCGGAAUUACCUCUCGAGUCUUGAUGUCGGGCUUGCAUAUUUUAGCGUCGUGCAACAACCGAACAUACGUAA